AUGUCCUCUUUGUAUCAUAAACUCUUUAGUUUUUCCGCCAAAAAAGAAACCGUUUCCACUUCUGAAACUUCCAACUAUUCCAUUGAGGCUGAUAACAAAAAUGAUGAAGCCAGAGGAGAUGCGUUCAAAUACAAAACGGUUGAAUAUAAAGAUGCUCGAUGGGCAACUCUUGAUGACUUGAAAUCAGUGAAUAGUGGAUGUUUUGUGAAUCUCCAAUCUUCAAACUUUGACUGUCAUGACCUGAAUGAAUUCCUGAAAUAUUGGGUAGACUGUGAUGAGGCAAUAUUGAAAAAAAUGGCAUUGAAGCUGAAGGAAGGUACAGUAAUCAAUGAGAUUGUUCUCACUGAUCAGUUGACUGUUCUACUAUACUAUGUAGACGGAUUGCCACAUUUCUUCUUAAAAAUGAAGAAAAUUUCAAACGAAAAACUAGUGGUCGGUCAUUUCGUAGUUAAGCAAGAUAAAACUGUCGAGUUUAAUGUGUGGCCAAGAGAUAAGUUUAGCGAAAUAUUCGAAAUGCUAGAAUUGCUAGAAAAAAUGAAAGAGUUGGAGAAGGAACUGUUGAGAAUAGACAGAGGAGAUCAACCAAAUAGUUCUGAAGAAAUUGGAGAAAGAAACAGGAAAAGCCAAGCGAUUACGGAGGAAGUGAGACAAUUGAUAAGACAGUUUGAAGAACUCAAUGAAUACGGUCUUAUAUUUCGUUAUGAUAUUUUCGCAUGA